GCGGAGCUCCGAGGACACCGCGGCGGGCCAGAGAGCGCGGAGGGCUGGCGGUGCUUGGUCCGCGGCGCACUCUCGCCUCCAGCCAGCAGCGCUCGGUGGUAACCUCGUCUCACCCGGGCGCUGCCUGCCAGAGAGACGUCAGCUUGUCGCUGCGCCAGCCGGAGCAGCCUGCCCGCCUCGUCCCCUCGCGCCGGCGGUGCAAGUGGCCCAGCUGAUCCGGCGGGAGCAGCGCAGGUCGGCUCCCGGGCUCUUGCCCCUUCGGAAGCGCGCGCGCGCUGGCUUGGGGGGUAGGCAGGGACUUGUAGCGCCGCGAGCCCAGCCCGCCUCUUCUCCCCAGCCCAGGGCGGCACUUGCGCCAGCUUUCGAGUUUCCCUUUCGCCUCGGAAGGGAUGGCCCCGCUCCGCGGCCGCUGGUAGAAGCGCCCGGUUCUUGCGGCUGCCCCCCGUCCCCCAGCCAAGGGCUGUGCUUGCGAGCGCUCCGAGCGCAGGAGGUACCCCGCGCCAGAGAAGGAGCGGCGCCGGCUGAUCCCGCGAGCUCAGCAGCGAGGGGAGCAUGGAGGUGCACGUCGGCCUGGGCAGGGUGUAUCCCCGGCCGCCGGGAAAGACCUUCCGAGGAGCGUUUCAGAGCCUCUUCCAGAGCGUCCGCGAAGCUUUCCAGAGUCCCGCGCCCGGCGCUCUGCGAGACGAGGCCGGUCCCAGUCACCAGGCGGCGGCGACAGGCAGCUCCUCUUCCUCUGGGCAAUGUCAGCCCAGCGCCCGCUUGCAAGAGCCCAGCGCUCGGCAGCCGCCGUCCCAGCAGCCGCCAGGCUCUCCCUCUUACCUGCCGCUGGAGCAGCAGCCCCAGGCGAGCAAAGGGCUGCAGCCUGACCGCAGGGAGCCUCCCCAGGCGGCGUCAUCUGGCCCCUCGUCUCUGGCCCUGCUGGGUCCCUCCUUCCAAAGCUGCCCCGGGGACCUGAAAGACAUUCUGGGCGAGAGUAGUCUUUUGCAGCCGCCCGAAGGCGAGCCGCACAGCGGCGGCGGCGGCGAAGAAGCGCCGCCGGACAAGGAGGACUACUUGGGCGAGAGCGCCAAAGAGCUGUGCAAAGCCGUCUCCGCCUCCAUGGGCCUGGCAGUGGAAGCGCUCGAUGCGCCCGGCGCCGGCGGCGAGUUGGUGACGACCCGCGGCGACUGCAUGUUUGCCCUGCCUGGCGCGCACGCUCGGCCCCUGACGAUGGGCGGCUGCAAGAUCGUCGAAGCCGAGCAGGAGGGCGGCGGCGGCGAGGGCGCGCUGGCCAUGGACGUGCCCGGCCACCUCAGCCUCUACAAGGGCUCGCCGGAGCUGGACGAGCCGUCGGCGGGCGCCUUCCAGAGCCGCGACUGCUAUAACAUACAGCUGGCGCUAGCCUCGCACGGCCGCAUCAAGCUGGAGAGCCCCCUGGAGUAUGCGGCCGGCGGCGUCUGGGGCGCGCAGUGUCGGCGCCCCGGGGAAAUGCCCGCCUUUGCGCCCCACUAUGGCGGCCCUCCCGGACCGGGUUGGCACCCCUUCUUCGCCGAAGAAGGACAGCUCUACGGACCCUGCGGAGCCGCCGAGGGCGCGGCCCCGAGCCCCUUCGGCUACUGCCGAAGCCAAGGACCGGCGGGGCAAGAAAGCGGCGAUCUCCCGUCCGAGGUGUGGUACCCAGGCGGCGUGGUGGGCAGGGUGCCCUUCGCUCCGGCCGCCGGCUGCAUCAAGACGGAGCUCACCCCCUGGAUGGAGGGCUACCCGGGGGCCUAUGGAGACAUGAGGUUGGAGUCUGCAAGGGACCAUGUUCUACCCAUUGACUAUUACUUCCCACCGCAGAAGACAUGCUUGAUCUGUGGGGAUGAAGCUUCUGGAUGCCACUAUGGAGCGCUCACCUGCGGGAGCUGCAAAGUAUUUUUCAAAAGGGCAGCUGAAGGUAAACAGAAGUACCUGUGUGCCAGCCGGAAUGACUGCACCAUUGAUAAGUUCCGAAGGAAAAACUGCCCUUCCUGUCGCCUGCGAAAAUGCUACGAAGCAGGAAUGACUCUCGGAGCCCGCAAGCUGAAGAAAUUGGGCAAUCUGAAGAUGCAAGAGGAAGGAGAGGCAGCCGGUCCAUCAAGUCCCACAGAAGAGCAAGCCACAAAGAUGUCCAUGACACGCAUUGACAGCCUGGAAUGCCAGCCAAUCUUCCUCAAUGUCCUGGAAGCUAUUGAGCCUGGUGUGGUUUGCGCUGGCCAUGACAACAACCAGCCUGACUCCUUCGGUGCCCUUCUGACCAGCUUGAAUGAGCUUGGCGAGAGGCAGCUGGUGCAUGUAGUGAAAUGGGCAAAAGCCUUACCAGGGUUCCGUAACUUGCACGUGGAUGACCAAAUGGCAAUAAUUCAGUACUCCUGGAUGGGCCUGAUGAUUUUUGCAAUGGGAUGGAGAUCAUUCACCAAUGUGAACUCUCGGAUGCUUUACUUUGCUCCAGACUUGGUUUUCAACGAGUACCGGAUGCACAAAUCCAGAAUGUACAGCCAGUGUGUCAGGAUGCGGCAUCUGUCUCAAGAGUUUGGAUGGCUUCAAAUUACUCCCCAAGAAUUUCUCUGCAUGAAAGCUCUGCUCCUCUUCAGUAUUAUUCCAGUGGAUGGCCUGAAGAAUCAGAAGUUCUUUGAUGAACUUCGGAUGAACUACAUCAAGGAACUCGAUCGUAUUAUUGCUUGCAAGAGGAAAAAUCCCACAUCCUGCUCUCGACGUUUCUACCAGCUCACCAAGCUCCUGGACUCUGUGCAGCCUAUUGCCAGAGAGCUGCAUCAGUUUACAUUUGACCUUUUAGUUAAGUCCCACAUGGUGAGCGUGGACUACCCAGAAAUGAUGGCUGAGAUCAUCUCGGUACAAGUCCCCAAGAUCCUCUCUGGAAAAGUGAAGCCCAUCUACUUCCACAUACAGUGAUGGAGAGACAGCAGAGCCCUUGUGGCUGAGGUCAGCCCCCCUCCCCGCUGCUGCCACCUCCAACGCCUGUUCAGCCUUCACCUGCCUGUUAUUUCUGCACUUCUGCACUGCAGUGCCUUGGAACACUGGAUGUCAUGAAGAUAUACAGUCAUAACAAAGAAACUACCUGCUGGGUUUCUUUCCGUUUUGAUGAGGGCUACCCUUCAAGUAGAGCUAUUUGCCCUGGCUUUAUCCUCUUUUGAAUGGCUCAGUUAUGUGUGUGGAUCCCACUUCAACAUCUCCUCCUUCUCCUCCUUUUCUUCCUUUUCUGGUGUUGUGGCACUUGUUUACAUUCAUGUGCUUGUGCAUUUUCCACAGUGGCUUUUGUAGCCCUGCGCCAUCAUGGGAAGCUUUAGAUUCUGAAAUCACAUGGACACACACCCACAUCACCUUUUGGUCGUUCUCCCUGUUGCUGUUUAUUUUAUUGUUUCUUUUUUUUAAAAAAAGACAAAAACAAAAAUCUAAGCUGACAAGCAGGUUAUUAAAAUUAAAUACUGGGAGUGGGGAAGAACUUUGUUCUGUGAAUGAGUAAUUUUUUUUCUUACUCCUUUGAGCAGUUUUGCCUUUCUGUUUUUUUCGGAUGGGUCGCCAAUCUCUCCAAAAUGCAGGAGAAUAGUAUAUCUGAGAACAGGAAGUGAGAACUGUAAAUCCUGUACUCAAAACAAGGCAGAGAGAAUGUAGUGGAAUUAUGAAUGUAGUGCAAAAACAAACAAACAAACAAAAAGGGUGUGUUGUCACAGCUGUGGGCAUCACACAGACUCCGAUUCCACAGAGCGCCCCUGUGCAUGUAAAGAAGUCUCUACCCCCAUUCUUGCUCUGACCUAUGCACAGAGAGGCAUCACGUUCCCACUGCGCAGACCGUCAGACCCACCACCAGAACCACUGUCUGAAAACCUUACCCUGCAAUGGCAGAUUCAUUUCUCCAAUUACUGUGAGGCCCUUACAGCCACAUUUACUUGACACAAAGUGCCCAGUCCAUACAGUGGUUCUUGUGUUCAUAAAAAUGAAACAAAACAUUGAGAAAAGCUGGAGGUAAUUCUUACAAGCUUUUUGUUGUUAUUAUUAUUAUUUCUGUGGACCACGAGCCGAAACUGAAACGUUGCCCAAUGAAUGUGAACACAUUCCAGUUUUGAGCAUUUUUAUUUUCCUGUCAUGAAGGAGACUCUGCUCCUGAGAAGGCAGCCCUUUGGUUCUCAGUGGCCUCCACCCAGCCAGCUGCUUAACCUCUAAGUCAUCUCUCCAUUGAGCUCUGCCUGCCACCAGUGAGAGACGUCUGAAGACCUCCUUAUGUGACUUAUUCUUGGAGCGUGUGGCAGAUGAGGGCUUCAGAAGCAACGCAAAACAAGGACUCUGCAUCCCCUGGGCCUCCUGAGGAGCACACAGGCCAUUGGUCCUCCUCACCUACUCCAUUGGGGAAGAACGUUUUCUAAAUGACAUUAUGGUACAUUGGAAAGAGGACAGAAGGGGGGGGCUUUCCUUCCUGUGAUUCCUGCAGUAGAGAUUGACAUUCAUCAUAAGGAACAUGGAUGGAACCCAACAAACCUUAAAAAUGUAAACACCUUUGCUGUGAAAACAAGCCCCUCUUUCUCAUUAAGCUACACUAGAGUUCGUAAAAUCACUGGCCAUACAAUCUCAUGAGAUGACGCGAAAGGAUUCUAAGCUGUCUUCUGUGAAUGGUCAGGAAACAUCUCUGGGUUGUUUUGUUGACAAAAAAAAAUGCUAUGGAUUGUGCCUUGGAACAGCUCAACUGAAUGUGUUAAAAGGUUCGUUGGUUCUCACAAGAUAGUUUUCAACCAUCACUUUUCUUUCCUAAGCCCGUUCUGCCAGCUCUUGAGCAGCAAGAAAAUAUCAUGAGCUGUUUGGCCCAUUUUAUUUCUGGAAGAUUGGAUGGGAAUUGUGCUGCUCCAUCCCACAAUCUUUAGGUAGUGAUAUUUUACUACUCUUUAGAUUUCAAGGUGGCUUGGUGUGAGCAUAAGGCUUGCUCAUCCCUGGAGUUUAAUCUGCUUGUAUUGUUCAGUGGUAACCUGACAGUUGUGGCUUUGAUGGGUUUUGAAUACCUUGCCCAGUCUGCAGAGUUAUGCUUUGCAGAGAUGCAUUCUUAAAAUGACCACUGCCCAGAAUAUCCCCCCUCCAAAAAAAGGCAGCAAUGGGAAUAUUCUGGGUCAUUUUAAGAAUGCAUCUCUGCAAAGAAUGAUUUGACUUGAUUCUUUUCAGUUGAUGCCAUCCACUGCUUUGUUGAAACAGACUUGGAAGGUUUUUCUGAAUGGUCACACUGCUUAGGAGCUUUGCUUCUUUGGGGGAGGAUGAAGUAGCUCAAAAGUCUUAGUCUGCUUGCUUUACAAUUUGACAGCUUUUCAUAUUGUAGGAUUGAGGAUGCUGUGAAAGAGUUGGCUGGUCUUGAUCUUGGUCAGGCAACUUCAAGAGAUGAUGGAACACUUGGAAGUGCAGCAAUUUAAAAAAAUGUCAUGAAGAUAUACAUUUUGGAUAUUUGAUGCACCUCUCACAUUCAGCAGAACUGGUUAAAAAUCUGUUAUGCUCUGAAACAUCCACAACUUUACAUCAAAUGCAGAUUUACUGUUUUCUUUGCAAAUGCGGCAGCUGAGAAACAAAUCCCUUCUGUGGCCCCCAUGAGCAAAGAUGAUGCACAAAUACUGAAAACAGUUCUGUAGCUGAAACUGCUGGGAAUUGUUUAGGAAGGAUACAAGUGUCAGCUUGACUGAAGUUCUCUCCACUGAAUUUCACUCAUGGGUUGCCUGUAACAGAAAUGGCUGUGGGAAAUGGUAUGUUUUUGGUUCUGUAGCACAUAUACAUACAGAUAUAUACAGAUAUAUAGACAUAUAUAUUAAGCCUCAAGGUGGUUUUCCCCUUCCCCAUGCCCAAAUCUUCUGAAAAGGUAAUCUGGGCAUUCAAGUGCUCCAUUUUCUUGAAAAAUGACCAGGAGUCCUCCGGCAUCUUAAACACCUACAGAAAGCAGGAAGUGGCAACUCAGAUAUCCCUGGUUUAUAUAGCAGCGUCUUCAUGCACCUGAUGAAGUAGCUUCUAACCUACAAAGUGCUCCAGGAUUCUUUGUAUUCUGCUGCUAUGACAGACUUUCAUAGCCGUCCUUUUGGAAUCUGUCCCCAUGCUCCUUAGCACCAGGCCAUGCCAUGCUCCUCUGAUGCAUUGGCUGACAUUUAAGACUGGGGGGCAUCCUCUGCAGAUGUGCAUUGGAACCCCUGAGGAUCUUUGGGUCAUGACUGUGUCUUGAAGAGUUACCGAAUGAUUGAUUCAGAACACCUAUAAUGAAUACCAUGUAAAUACGGGGGGGGGGGAGAAAUAAUGGUGGUGGGAAAUUAAGUAUUUACUUUCUUUGGUUUAUUUACAGUGGACUACUGCUACAACAGUUUAAAAAAAACUUGAGAAAUACCAAAGGCAUUGACCAUGGCUUAGCCAUCAGCCCUUAUUCUUAUCAUGAAUUUUAUGCAUUAUGCUUUUUUUUAAAAAAAAACUUAUGCUUGAGUACCUUCUCUUUUGCCACGUGAAAGUUGCCCUUUACUCAACAGUGGUAGUUCAGUCAUUUAACUUGCCCAGCCGAUUUCUCCCUUUAAACUCACAGCCCUCCUCUCUGCUCUCCUGCUGAUAAAAUUGGGGAUGGGAAAUGUGCCCAGCACUUCCUGCCAUGUUUUGCAGAAUGUAGUCUGUUUGUCAGGCCAUGGCAAUGGUGAGUAUGAACCACACCCCUGCAUGGCACAUCCAAACAGUGUCUCAUGUGGCUCUUAACUAGGCUCAUCCCCAUGCCUGUAGAGGCGCACAUCACACCACACUUGAUGUUUCACUGGUGCAUAUACCAGUGUGUACAUAGUAGAUGGUAAAGUGCUAAUUGUUUUGUACAGUCUUGAGGUCCCUGGCCAAACCGUCCUCCAGCUUCUGUGAAAGCAGAGUGAGGCCAUCACUUGAAGGCAUUUGAACAUCCCAAGCUUACUUGAAAUCCCCAUAGAAUGUUUGCCCUUCAGUUAGAAACAAAGAAAGCUCUUGAGUAUUUGGCAUUGAUGAUGGUAUCUCUCCAUCCUGGAGUUUGGGGGGUGGGGGGCUUGUGUGUGUUUUAAGAAUUUGCACGUAAAGCAUCCCUUCCUUCCCUUUCUUGGGGAAGGGGUGGGGGAGAAUGGCCUGUGCCCCAAUCUGAGUUACUACAGGAUUUUGCAGGAGCAGCUUGUAAAAUUAUGCUAUUUCUGCUGCUCACUUGUAAGUUUUCUUCUAUUUUUCUUUUCUUACCCAAAUAAUGUGUUGUUAGUAUAAUCACCAAAGAACAUUUAUUUAAAAUGGAAAAAACAUUAGGGUUUUGUUUUGCAAAUCACACAGUGGGGGGGAUUAUUGUGAUGUUUUUAUGCAAUGCUGUUCAUCAGCCUUAGGUGGGAAGGGCUUACCGUGCCUGUCUGGAGGGAGAGCUCAUGUUUCUUCUUUUCUCCCCUGGUACAUAUUGAAAUUUGAUUGUACAGAUGUGCGGACUCAGUCGCCCAUUUUGACCUGCAGAUGAUAACUGCUAUGGAACGGGUUGCACCUUUGGUUUAAAGGGAACACAUUUUGCAGAAUGAAUGCUUGGCUCCUGCUCCCUUUGGCUGACAUGAAAGGGUCUCCACUCACGUGCAUAGCCAUGUUCAGAGUGAGGGGGAAAGGUUUUGUCACUGGAGAGUGUGUUGGCUUCUGCAGCGCUCUCGUUCUGCGAUGCCUACAAGGAAUGGGAGGGGGGAAAUUCCAUGCUACUAUAAUAACCAGCAUCCCAAACACCCUUCACUCUGUGAUCUUCACAUUUGAGUGAGAGACCAUUGCACCCUGAAAGCAAAACAAAGGUGCCUUGAAUGGAUUGAGGGGGAGACCAUGUAAGAGGGGGAUGCCACAGCCCCCCCAGAAAGGAGCAACACCCAGGCAGGGAGGGCAGUGCGCAUGGUUAUGGCCAGGUUGCCCAGGGCCAGAAGGUGGGCAAAGGAGGCCAGUGGGAUGCACUGUUGCUGAGUGCAAAGCUUUCCUUGCUUGCUCCAGAGCACCAGGGGCUCUUUGCUCCCUUCCUUCCCUUUGACAAUGCUGCUCCGUUCCUCUUGGGAGAGUCGUGGCCCUGCAGCUGUUGGCCUCCGCAGUUGCAUGAAGCCAACAGCCCUGCUGAGCAUUUUGCAAUAUAGCUGGUGGAUUUGGAGAUGUUCUGUAAAGAUUAUGGCACUUAGUAAAAAAAGAAGAUGGUAUAUUACUUGUUAACCUGUUUAUGUAUUGUUUAAAAAAUAAGGUUUCCAUAUAUAUGUGUUUUUUUAAAAAAAAUGUUAGGUGGGAAAAUUAGGGUGGUUGGGCUGCUAGCCCAUCAGAGCUGUCUGUUUUGGGGGGAGGGGCAUUUGUGAAAGAAGAUAGAAUUGGGGUUUUCAGUUGUCUUUUUUGCAGCCAAAUAAGCUUGUGAAGCUAACAAAAUAUCAAAACCAGCAGAACAGCUGAAAUAUAUAACAAUUUGGUAAACGUUUUGUGUAUGUGCGUGUGCGUGUGUGUGGGGAGGGGGUUGACUUCAGCUCUGAUGGAUGCCAAAUGGGUUGGCUGGAAACAAUAAAGGAAUAAAAGCCAGCCUGUUUUUCUCUUUCUUGUGCUAACUGGGGCUGCCAAGCGUUCACCAGCCCCUGUGAGUGAUCUUCAGCAAGGCUUGCCAUGAUUUUGAGUGCCCAGAGAGAAGGAACUGGGUUUCCUUCAACCAGUUGCCUUUAACUAAUGGUUCAAGUAACAGCAACAAGGGAAGGUUCUCUGCCGAAGCUGAUGAGAGAACUGAUUAGAGUCAGCAUUAAACAGCAUAACACAGAAUGAUGCACAUUGAUGGGGACACUGGGCGCCACCUACCAGGAUCACCAGGAUCUGUGGAAAGGGGUGGGACUUGGGUUAGACGUGCCCCAUGGUGAACAGUCCCCUUCAAGAACCAAGCCCUCCAUCUGCAAAGGCAGAGUUGCAAAGACUACCCUUGGGAGCUGGAGCCAGCCAACCUCACAGGUAUUCAUUGUGGCUUAUAAAUCAGAAAGCGGUGGGGAUUUCUCACACACAGGGUUGGGAAAGGAGAAGGUAGUUAAGCAAAGUAUAUUAGAAUGACAAAUAGAGACAGAAAUCAAACCCCUUGUUUCUUGACUUCUUGGUUUCACCAGGGCAAAUUUCAUGCUGUAAUUCAGAUCUCCCUUUUUUUGUAAUCUUGGAUUCUAUUGUUGCUCCAAAUACAAUUUUAAAAAGCAAACCUUUGGUUGUUGGAAUAUAUUUGUGUAUGUGGCUUUUUUUCCCUCCCUGCUGGCAUGCCUUUGGGAAAGGACUUCUACUGGUGAGGGUGGGGGUGG